CCAGCGUAUCUCAGUACUGGACGCUGCGGCGCUCUCCUGGAUAGCACUAUGUGCUUCUUUCUGAGGUCAUCAUCCCAAUAUGCUGUCUCCGCAUAAGUCUCCUUCCAAGGGCCUGUCCCCGCGUACCUCUGCGCCAUUGCGGGGUCUCUUCGCCGAUGGAGUCUGGCGUUGUGACUGCCCCGGACGCCCCCCUGCGGUCAAGUUGCAGACCAAGAACCAUGGGGUAAACCAUGGAAAAAGAUUUUACACAUGCCAGAAACGCCCUUCAGACCAAUGCCGAUUCUUCCUCUGGGAAACCGAUGCCCAGCUUCGUGAAGGAAGAGCCGUCCUAUCUAACUCCCGCACCGAGCCUCUGAAUCCGCAAACCCCCUCGAAACCAUCCGGUUAUGGAAGAGGCGGGCUUCUCACGCCGCAGACCGAGCGACCGUUCCGCGCGGCGCCCGCCGUGGGAUCCGCAUCACAAGCGCCACCGCAGAGCGCGAAGGCCAAAAUGAUGACAGAGGAUACGGACGAGUUCGAAUGGGAUGAUCCGUUCGCUGAGUCGCCUGAGAGGUCUUUCGGCAAGCCGCGCCAGCUCGACUUCGGCUCCGCUGCUAGCUCCAGCUCGACCCUGGGGGAUUUGAGUCCCCGGAAGGCCGCCCGGACGGAUUCCUUCACCUCGCCUGGAAAACGCAAGCUCUCGGACAUGCAGAACGAUGCCCCGGAAACUCCGACGUCAGUGUGGUCAUCGAGAUCCGAAUCAUGGCGGUUACCGCCCCCGUCGGCGGAGCUGUGCAUGACCCCCACGCCGAGUAAAUAUCGCAAUGCGCUAUCCGGGGAUCCGCGCGCGGGACCGUCAGACCUUGCGCUGGAGGUGGUGAAGAUACUCGAAAGCCAUAAUGCUGUUCUCCCUCGUCGUGCUCAGGAGGAAGUGACCGAACUGUUGAACAAACAUGAUCUGAAAACGAAGGGGAUCAUCCGCGGGCGGGAGAUCUCCUGGGAACAAAUAAAGAAAAAUAGGGAGGAAAUCAAACGGCUUCAUGAGAGAAUUGCAGUCUUGGAGAGUCAGCGGGACCUGGACCAGAAAUUGCUGAAUGAGCUGAGUAAGGGAUAGAAGCUGGCUUCUGGAAAUAUGUUGCUGUACUUCGGAUGGCGAAUUUGGUAAAUUUUGGGCGAGCGAUUGUUAUUUUUUCGUGCAGAUAUUGUUUGUUAUCCCAGAAUGCAGGAUGGCAUUAGAUGUAGCGGUAGUUACCUAACAAUAAUUAAGAAUGAGAAGACG